GUCUCCUCGGGCGGUGUGCUUUUAGCUUUUCCGCAGAGAUCCGGGGCUCUCUUCCAGCUGUUGGAGGAAAAAGAGAAAAGAAAGGGUUUAUUUUUCUUUUGAAAUCCCUUGGCCUAAGCAGCAGCUUACAAUUUUUGUGGACAUCUUAUCGAAAAUUUAGUAGAGGAUUGAAGAGUGAAAUAAUUUUAACUUAUUGCUAAGGGUCCUUUGAUUUGGGGUUCUGUUUUUCCUCCCUCGUUUUUAACUCUGAAGCCAACCCAGCCCGAUUAUGGUGAUGUUCAAGAAGAUCAAGUCUUUCGAGGUGGUCUUUAACGACCCCGAAAAGGUGUACGGCAGUGGGGAGAAGGUGGCUGGCCGGGUGAUAGUGGAGGUGUGUGAAGUCACUGGAGUCAAAGCUGUCAGGAUCCUGGCUUGCGGAGUGGCCAAAGUCCUGUGGAUGCAGGGAUCCCAACAGUGCAAACAGACACUGAACUACCUGCGCUACGAAGACACACUUCUCCUGGACGACCAGCCAACAGGUGAGAAUGAGGUGAUCAUGAGACCUGGAAACAAAUAUGAAUACAAGUUUGGCUUUGAGCUUCCUCAGGGGCCUCUGGGAACAUCUUUCAAAGGAAAAUAUGGGUGUGUAGACUACUGGGUGAAGGCUUUUCUUGAUCGUCCCAGCCACCCAACUCAGGAGACAAAGAAAAACUUUGAAGUGAUGGAUCUAGUGGAUGUCAAUACCCCUGAUUUACUGGCACCUGUGUCUGCUAAAAAGGAGAAGAAAGUUUCCUGCAUGUUUAUUCCUGAUGGGCGGGUGUCCGUCUCUGCCCGAAUAGACAGAAAAGGAUUCUGUGAAGGUGAUGAGAUUAACAUCCAUGCUGACUUUGAGAAUACAAGUUCCCGCAUCGUGGUCCCCAAAGCUGCCAUUGUAGCCCGCCACACUUACCUUGCCAAUGGCCAAACUAAGAUGCUGACGCAGAAGUUGUCAUCGGUCAGAGGCAAUCAUAUUAUCUCAGGAACUUGCGCAUCAUGGCGUGGCAAGAGCCUUCGGGUGCAGAAGAUCAGACCUUCUAUCUUGGGCUGCAACAUCCUUCGAGUUGAAUACUCCUUAUUGAUCUAUGUUAGCGUCCCUGGCUCCAAGAAAGUCAUUCUUGAUCUGCCCCUGGUAAUUGGCAGCAGGUCAGGCCUCAGUAGCCGGACGUCCAGCAUGGCCAGCCGAACCAGUUCUGAGAUGAGUUGGGUGGAUCUAAACAUCCCCGAUACCCCAGAAGCCCCUCCUUGCUAUAUGGAUAUCAUUCCUGAAGAUCAUCGAUUGGAGAGCCCCACUACUCCUCUGCUAGAUGACGCAGAUGGUUCUCAAGACAGCCCUAUUUUUAUGUAUGCUCCUGAGUUCAAGUUCAUGCCACCACCUACUUACACUGAGGUGGAUCCCUGCAUCCUCAACAACAACGUGCAGUGAGCAUGUGGAAGAAAAGAAGCAGCUGUACCUACUUGUUUCUUUUCAUCUCUCUUCCCGGACUCGUACUUUUUUAGAGACUCAGUAGUCUCUACAGUGGGGUACCGGUCCACCCCAGCCUCUGACUCUCCAGUGUAGGAGGUGAUCAGCAUGCAAUCUCCUGGGCUUUAAUGGGUGCGCACUCGUCCUCAGCCAGUCAGAUGUGAUACGGGGUAUUUUGCUGGAUGGGUUUAAAAACAUACUAGAAAAAUUCAGGCCAAUCCCAUUUUCUUAAAUCUCUUUGAAAAUUGAGGCAUUUUCAGUACUUUUGAAUAAGGGGUAGAAAUGGCCUCCUGGCAUGGUCUUCCCAGUGUUUUAUGGAGGGGAUGAUAGAUUGUUAUAACAAGAGACCUUGAACCUCUGCCAUGUAGAGGAGAGCCAAUUUAGCAAACUAGGAAAAUGAAAAGGAAAAAAAUCACGGCCAAAACUUUGUGAAAAGGA